UUUUUUAAUCCCCGCACCAAGCGCUUAACCUCAUUGGGGUGGAGGAGAAGGCGGCGGCUGCCGGGUCCGCAGCGGCAGCUGUACCGAAUUAUACGGCUAAUGGACUGCUGAAUUAUGAAGUAUUUCAGAGCCACUAGUAGAACAUCGCUCUGCCACGCGCUCCUUUAUCUCCUACUAGUUAUUUAAAUUGGACUUUUAAUAUCCUACCAGCUGCUCCUCAGACACACAUGGUGCAUUGUUGCCAUUCCCCGGAUUGCAUCUUUGAAACACAGACUCCUAGUAACCUUCAGCAAACAAAGAGGCAACCUCCCGGGUGUGCUGGGAGGGUGUCACCCUGACUGCCCUCUAGCUCUCGCUGGCUCUGGAUUUGAAUUUCACCAUGGAACCUCGCAUGGAGUCCUGCCUGGCACAGGUGUUGCAGAAGGAUGUGGGGAAGCGGCUGCAGGUCGGCCAGGAACUUAUAGACUAUUUCUCAGACAAACAGAAGUCCGCUGACCUUGAGCAUGACCAGACCAUGUUAGAUAAGCUUGUGGAUGGACUUGCUACCUCUUGGGUGAACUCUAGCAAUUACAAGGUGGUUCUUCUGGGCAUGGACAUACUGUCGGCACUGGUCACCCGGUUGCAGGAUCGGUUCAAGGCGCAGAUUGGCACAGUGCUGCCAAGUUUAAUAGACCGACUGGGAGAUGCUAAAGACUCCGUGAGGGAGCAAGACCAAACUCUGCUGCUGAAGAUCAUGGAUCAAGCUGCUAAUCCCCAGUACGUGUGGGAUCGAAUGCUCGGAGGCUUUAAACACAAGAAUUUCCGGACUCGGGAAGGCACGUGUCUCUGUCUUGUCGCCACACUCAAUGCCUCCGGAGCACAUACUUUAACACUAAACAAGAUAGUGCCACAUAUAUGUAACUUACUUGGAGAUCCCAAUAGCCAGGUUCGGGAUGCAGCAAUAAACAGCUUAGUGGAAAUUUACAGACACGUAGGGGAACGUGUGAGGGCAGAUCUCAGUAAGAAAGGAUUGCCACAGUCUCGGUUGAAUGUAAUUUUUACAAAAUUUGAUGAAGUCCAAAAAUCCGGCAAUAUGAUACAAUCUGCAAAUGAUAAAAAUUUUGAUGAUGAAGAUUCUGUGGAUGGUAACAGACCAUCCUCUGCCAGUUCUACAUCAUCCAAAGCUCCGCCGAGCUCUCGGAGAAACGUUGGAAUGGGGACUACCCGCCGGCUUGGAUCUUCCACUCUUGGCUCCAAGUCUUCCGCUGCAAAAGAAGGCGCUGGUGCUGUGGACGAGGAGGACUUUAUCAAAGCGUUUGAUGAUGUACCUGUGGUGCAGAUUUAUUCCAGCCGAGACCUUGAGGAAUCCAUAAACAAGAUCAGGGAAAUACUAUCUGAUGACAAGCAUGAUUGGGAACAAAGAGUAAAUGCUCUGAAGAAGAUCAGAUCUUUACUUUUGGCUGGUGCUGCUGAGUAUGAUAACUUCUUUCAACAUUUGCGUCUUCUGGAUGGAGCCUUUAAACUCUCUGCUAAGGACCUGCGCUCUCAGGUCGUGCGGGAGGCUUGUAUCACCUUGGGGCAUCUAUCAUCUGUCCUGGGGAAUAAGUUUGACCAUGGAGCUGAAGCCAUUAUGCCAACUAUCUUUAAUUUAAUUCCAAACAGUGCCAAAAUCAUGGCCACAUCUGGUGUUGUAGCUGUUAGGUUAAUCAUUCGGCAUACACACAUCCCUAGGCUAAUACCUGUCAUAACAAGCAACUGUACCUCCAAGUCUGUUGCAGUUAGAAGGCGCUGUUUUGAAUUUUUAGAUUUACUUUUACAAGAAUGGCAGACACAUUCGCUGGAAAGACAUAUAUCAGUAUUAGCCGAAACAAUCAAGAAGGGAAUACAUGACGCUGAUUCUGAAGCCAGGAUAGAAGCCAGAAAGUGUUACUGGGGUUUCCACAGUCACUUCAGCAGAGAAGCGGAGCACUUAUACCACACCUUGGAAUCCUCCUACCAGAAAGCCUUGCAGUCCCACUUGAAGAACUCGGAUAGCAUCGUGUCCCUGCCGCAGUCCGAUCGUUCCUCUUCUAGCUCCCAAGAGAGUCUGAACCGACCACUCUCUGCCAAAAGAAGUCCCACUGGAAGCACCACCUCACGAGGUUCCACAGUUAGUACCAAAUCGGUGGCAACGACCGGGUCCCUCCAGCGGUCUAGAAGUGACAUCGAUGUGAACGCGGCAGCCAGUGCCAAAUCCAAGGUCUCUUCGGCUUCUGGCUCGACACCUUUCAGCUCCGCAGCAGCCUUGCCUCCCGGCUCCUAUGCGUCCUUAGAGUCCAGACACAUGAGGGAAGAUACGGAGUCCAUAGGCCUUGACUCAGGUCGGAUCCGCACGAGACGGCAGAGCUCCGGGAGUGCCACCAACGUUGCCUCCACGCCCGAUAAUCGUGGCCGCAGCCGAGCGAAAGUGGUUUCACAGUCCCAGCGAUCCAGAUCUGCUAAUCCUGCUGGUGCUGGCAGCCGAUCAAGUUCCCCAGGGAAACUGCUGGGAAGUGGUUACGGUGGCCUCGCUGGGGGCUCCUCAAGAGGCCCUCCUGUGACACCCUCUUCCGAAAAACGAAGCAAGAUUCCUCGGAGUCAGGGUUGCAGCCGAGAGACAAGUCCAAACCGAAUAGGAUUAGCACGGAGCAGCCGUAUCCCUCGACCCAGCAUGAGUCAGGGGUGCAGCCGCGAUACCAGCCGUGAGAGCAGCCGCGAUACGAGCCCUGCUCGGGGCUUCCCUCCGCUUGCCUCUCGACGUCAUUCCAGGUCCACUAGUGCUCUCUCCACUGCUGACUCUGUGGGGCAGUCAGACCGGUUUGGACUUGGCCAGGCAGGCCGGAUACCAGGUUCCGUGAACGCCAUGCGGGUUUUGAGCACGAGUACAGAUCUUGAAGCGGCAGUUGCAGAUGCAUUGCUGUUAGGAGACUCCAGGAGCAAGAAGAAGCCUGUGAGGAGGAGAUAUGAGCCAUAUGGGAUGUAUUCUGAUGACGAUGCCAACAGUGAUGCCUCGAGUGUUUGCUCUGAGCGCUCCUAUGGCUCCAGGAAUGGUGGCAUUCCCCAUUAUCUGCGGCAGACUGAGGAUGUAGCGGAAGUUCUCAACCACUGUGCUAGUUCAAACUGGUCAGAAAGGAAAGAAGGGCUUCUAGGCCUGCAGAACUUACUGAAGAGCCAAAGAACGCUGAGUCGAGUAGAAUUGAAAAGAUUAUGUGAAAUCUUCACCCGAAUGUUUGCUGAUCCUCAUAGCAAGGUUUUCAGUAUGUUUUUGGAGACUCUCGUGGAUUUUAUAAUAAUUCAUAAAGAUGACUUGCAAGACUGGCUUUUUGUUCUUCUGACACAAUUGCUUAAGAAAAUGGGAGCAGAUUUACUUGGGUCUGUACAAGCAAAAGUUCAGAAGGCUCUCGAUGUCACAAGGGAUUCCUUUCCAUUUGAUCAACAAUUUAAUAUUUUGAUGAGAUUUAUUGUGGAUCAGACACAAACUCCUAACCUCAAGGUCAAAGUCGCAAUCCUGAAGUACAUUGAGUCUCUUGCUAGGCAGAUGGAUCCCACAGACUUUGUGAACUCCAGUGAGACAAGACUUGCUGUUUCUAGAAUUAUAACUUGGACAACAGAACCAAAGAGUUCAGACGUGAGAAAGGCAGCACAAAUUGUGCUGAUCUCUCUGUUUGAAUUGAAUACUCCGGAAUUUACCAUGUUACUUGGUGCCUUGCCAAAAACAUUCCAGGAUGGUGCCACUAAACUCCUUCAUAACCACCUCAAGAAUUCUAGUAACACCAGUGUGAGUUCUCCAAGCAAUACGAUUGGCCGGACUCCCUCCCGACACACCAGCAGCAGGACCAGCCCUUUGACCUCACCAACCAACUGUUCCCACGGGGGCCUCUCUCCAAGUCGGUUAUGGGGUUGGAGUGCCGAUGGGUUAUCGAAGCACCCACCUCCCUUUUCUCAGCCUAACUCCAUUCCCACCGCUCCCUCCCACAAGACUCUCAGGCGCUCUUACUCUCCCAGCAUGCUGGAUUAUGACACAGAGAACUUGAACUCUGAAGAAAUUUAUAGUUCUUUGCGAGGAGUUACAGAAGCCAUUGAAAAGUUUAGUUUUCGAAGCCAAGAGGACCUGAAUGAGCCGAUUAAGCGGGAUGGCAAGAAGGACUGUGACAUUGUGUCCCGGGACGGUGGCGUUGCCCCGCUUGCCCCCGAGGGCCGGGGCGGCAGUGAUGUGGUAGAAGGAGGCAGAACGGCUCUGGACAACAAGACCUCCCUCCUCAAUACCCAGCCACCGCGCGCCUUCCCGGGGCCGCGAGCACGGGAGUACAACCCCUACCCCUACUCCGACACCAUCAACACCUACGACAAGACAGCCCUGAAGGAGGCCGUGUUUGACGACGACAUGGACCAGCUGCGAGAUGUGCCCAUUGACCAUUCUGACUUGGUGGCGGACCUCCUGAAAGAGCUGUCGAACCACAACGAGCGGGUGGAAGAGCGCAAGGGCGCCCUGCUGGAGCUGCUCAAGAUCACGCGGGAGGACAGCCUGGGCGUCUGGGAGGAGCACUUCAAGACCAUCCUGCUCCUGCUCCUGGAGACGCUCGGGGACAAAGACCAUUCCAUCCGAGCACUGGCACUGAGAGUGUUACGGGAAAUUUUGAGGAACCAGCCAGCAAGAUUUAAGAACUACGCUGAGCUGACGAUCAUGAAGACUCUGGAAGCCCACAAAGACUCGCAUAAAGAGGUGGUGCGCGCUGCCGAAGAGGCUGCGUCCACACUGGCCAGCUCCAUCCACCCGGAGCAGUGCAUCAAAGUGCUGUGCCCCAUCAUUCAGACCGCUGACUACCCCAUCAACCUUGCCGCCAUCAAGAUGCAGACCAAAGUCGUCGAGAGGAUCGCCAAGGACUCCUUGCUGCAGCUCCUCGCCGACAUCAUCCCGGGCUUGCUGCAGGGUUAUGACAACACCGAGAGCAGUGUGCGGAAGGCCAGCGUGUUUUGCUUAGUGGCGAUUUAUUCCGUAAUCGGAGAAGAGCUGAAACCUCACCUCGCGCAGCUCACCGGGAGCAAGAUGAAGCUACUGAACUUAUAUAUCAAGAGGGCCCAGACCACGAACAGCAACAGCAGCAGCUCCUCGGACGUCUCCACUCACAGCUAAUGGCCUUGCCCGAGUCUCUCUCCGUAGCCCUAAGUAGAAGCAAUCAGUGGUGCCUGUCAGAGACCUUCCCGCCCGCCCCCCGUCAUCGACUGCCCACCCACGCAAGGAGGCCCGCAAAUAUUUAUUACAAUCAGUAUUUUGGUCCCUUCCAGCUUUUGUGUAGGAUUUUUCUGGCAUUGAAUGUAUCCGAAGCAAGGCCUGUAUUGCAGCCUUCAUACCGAACAGGAAGGAGAAAGAGAAGCCAAGAGCCAUACUCAGACUCAUUUUGUACAGCCUGCUGUGGUCCUGAAAUCUUAUGUGUGUCAGGGGGGGAUGCCCAGGUUCUAAACUGCAGAGCUCUAGCCUGUACUUGGGAAGAACUCACAUGUUCGCUUUGGUUAGUGAUGCGUGGAAGCUGGGUGCAGUGCGUGCGUGCGUGUGCGUGCGCGUAUGUGCAUGUGUGUGUGUGUGUGUGUGUGUGUGUGUGUGUGUGUUUCUCUUACACCGCAGAUGACUUUCUUCUACAGUCAGGGCCUGUGUUCGGGCAGCGCCCACCUCUCUCGUCCUGACACCAUGCAAAGGUGGGGUGAGUUUCCAGUUGCCUUCGGAGACCUCCGAACAUUGUGAACGGGUCUUGACAAGAAGUGAAGAGCAGACUGAAGGACAGUGUGGCCUUUUUAGAAACAGGCAAAUGGAAGUUCGCCCUCUGGGUUCGAGGCAAAGUUUGGGCCUAGAACAGUCCCUUUCCACGGUCCCUUCCCAGGCCAGGCUCCUGGCCCCUGGCCCCUCCCAGCUGCUCCCGAAGCUCUCUGCGUGCCCCAUGUUCAUGUAGAAUGGUGAAUGGUGAAAGUUUAAAUCCAGACACAGAAAUCAAGGUGAACUUAUGAGAUCAGUGGGUUGUCUAAUGUAGCAUUUCAUGAAGCAUAGAAGACCCAAGAAAACUCAUUUGUUUUGCUCCUGCGAUCUUGGGGAAACUUCUGGCAAGGUCCUGUGAAAAGACGGGUGACACGGAGAGAGUACCACCUCUUCUCCCCAGCCCUUGUCUAAACUGCUCGAUCCUGAAAUGUUCUCCGUUAAUCUGACAGAUCUUUUCCAUCUCAGUUUGGACAACUUUGUUUAUUUGGGGAUUAAAGUCAAAGUGAGAGAGCAGAUUUUUUUUUAAAUGGCCUGAAGUAUUUCCUUGAUCUGCUGUUGAACAGUCCUUGUUUAAGGAAAAAGUAAUCACGAUGAGUGUCAGAUUGCAAAAAAAAAAAAUUUUAACAUGAUUUUUAAAGUCUUUUUCCUUCAGUGAGAAACUACUGAAGAAUCUGCUCCUUUCUUUUAAAAACUGUUGAGUUUGAUUGCUCCAAGAAAAGUAGUUUUGGCAUCUGGCUUCAUAAGUUGCAAGUGACGUUCUUAAAGCCAACUGGGAAUUUUGAAUUCGAUCUUGAUGGCUUUUGUUAUCUUCGUCUUUUUUCAUCACUUCCAAAUGGACCUGACAUUUCCAUCAGAAACAUGCUUGUCUGCUGGUUAGUGUUGAGGAAGAAACAUUUGCCAUCCUGCCAAGGCCCCGCAGCCUCCUUCAGCCCCACAGACCCUCUCAUUGGCCUUGGGACUGUGAAAGAUACCCUAGCAAACAUCACUCAUUUUCACUCAUAAUUUAUUGUAGAUUCUUCUGCUGGGAAAAUAGGCACUGAAAAUGAAGGUCCAGAAACAGUGAAGCCGGAACACCUUGACAACAGGGUGUGUGUGUGUGUGUGUGUGUGUGUGUGUGUGUGUAUGCGCGCACGCACGUGUGCAUGCGUCACUUUGCACAUGGAGGAAGUCAGGCCCCCGCCCCUGCUGCUGUUUGAGGGAGCCUAGGGGUAUAUAUGAAGUAGCUGGCUGACUUUUGGUUCCAAACCUAACAAGAACAGACCUUACUUCGAUCGAUAAGAUUCUUAUUUGUUGUCGUUCCUGUUUCACACAAGGGAGUCUUUCCACACUCUGAAUUAGUCGGAGCAUCUCUUGAUGACUCCUCUGUUGUAGAAAUCUGCGUUCCAAUUAUUUAUGAGUUCUCUCCCUCCCAUGCUUUCUGGAAAGACCUUCCUACGCGCAGACCUGGCUGCCCAGGUCCCUGCAGGGUGUCCUUCCCCCACUCACCCCCACCCCUCAGUUGGAAGAACCUUGAACUUUGCACUCAUAAAGGGCUGGCCUCACUGCCCCGGGCCCACCCUCCCGUCUCUCACCCCAGACAUACAAUCACUCGCAGGUCUCUGGGCCUCCCGCAGAUGUGCUGCGGAGGAGACUCGCAUGCCGCCACCAACCUCACGCGGACGGAGCCGCCCACUCCCAGCGCCCCCAGCUGCAGCCGCCUUGCCUUGCCGCUGCCACCCCACAAGGCUCUCAGACGCAGCAACCACCACAAAGGCGUGGGACCCCGCCACGGGGGUUGCGCCCCCUGUUUACCUGACUGUGCAGGGCCCCCCCACCCUCCACCCACCCACCCCCCACCACCACCACCCCUCCAGCCACAGGGCCGGGUCGUCAGGCUCCUGCUCUCCUUCAAGCUGCUGCCAUUCCUCCUGGACCACAGUGCACCGAGGGUCGGGGGCGCCCCUGGCACGCUCCCGAGGUCACUGUGUGUGCUGGGGCCCCGAGCCCCUCCCAGGGCCCGCCUUUCUGUGGCUCGUCAGACACUCGCUUCUUCUCAACAGCCCGUGCUGGCAAUGCAACUCGUUUUGGUCUCAUCCAUCCCUUUUUUUUUUUUUCUUUCCCCGCCGCCCAUUAUUUAUCAAACUUUACUUGACCCAAGAAAGAACUGCAACUACAAACUCGGUAGCAUCCCAUCAGGACUUGGCAAACAAUGACAUUUAGAAAUGGGGGGGGAAGAAGAAAAAGAAAUCACCCUGAAAAGUCUCAGCCACCAAAAUAGUUUGUGGCACCGUGUUGACAACAACGACGCAUGGCCCCCGUCCCCCCCCCACCUCCACCCCCAGGUUGGGUUUUUGGUUUUUGGUUUUGUUUGGGGCUUUUUCAUGUUACAAUCCAUAUCUGUAUUUAUAUCUUAUUUGUUUCACUUUCAAGUGUAUCAUGGCAAAUGUACAGAUUUUUUUGUUGUUGUUAAUAAUGUGCUAGGAUUUGCUAAAAAAGAAAACAAACAAAAAAAGGACCCUUUUGAGUUUGCCCUAGAAUAAAUGAAAAUUAAUUCAG